AAAAGAAAUAGAGAGAAAAAAAAGGGAGAUACAAUAAAACACCAUUUUGGACUCGCUCUCGGUAUCCAUACUACCUAGGGUUUCUCGAGCAGGGACAGCUAAACGUUGAGAUCAUGUCGGCAUAAGGGACGACCGGAAUGGACUCCGCCGUACUCGAUGAUAUAAUUAAGCGCCUCACGGAGGUCCGAUCAGCGAGGCCUGGCAAGCAGGUUCAGCUCUCUGAAGCUGAGAUCAAGCAACUCUGUGUUGCGUCCAGAGAAAUCUUUCUUCAACAGCCCAAUUUGCUCGAGCUAGAGGCCCCGAUCAAGAUUUGUGGUGACAUACAUGGGCAAUAUAGUGAUUUACUAAGGCUUUUUGAAUAUGGGGGUUUUCCUCCCAAUGCAAAUUAUCUUUUUUUGGGGGAUUAUGUGGAUCGUGGGAAGCAAAGUUUGGAAACUAUAUGUCUUUUGCUUUCCUAUAAGAUUAAGUACCCUGAGAACUUUUUCCUUCUAAGAGGAAACCAUGAAUGUGCUUCUAUUAACCGGAUCUAUGGAUUCUAUGAUGAAUGUAAAAGGAGGUUUAAUGUGAGACUAUGGAAAGCCUUUACUGACUGCUUUAACUGCCUUCCUGUGGCGGCUCUUAUUGAUGACAAAAUAUUGUGCAUGCAUGGUGGUCUCUCCCCUGAUCUGAAUAACUUGGAUCAGAUUAGGAAUUUGUCUCGUCCAACUGCUGUCCCUGACACUGGUUUGCUAUGUGAUUUGCUCUGGUCAGAUCCUGGAAGGGAAGUUAAGGGAUGGGGAAUGAAUGACAGAGGGGUUUCAUACACCUUUGGUCCUGAUAAGGUGUCAGAAUUUUUAACGAAACACGAGUUGGAUCUUGUUUGUCGUGCACAUCAGGUUGUAGAGGAUGGAUAUGAAUUCUUUGCCGACAGACAGCUCGUUACCAUAUUUUCUGCUCCCAACUAUUGUGGUGAAUUUGAUAAUGCUGGUGCUAUGAUGAGUGUCGAUGAAAACUUGAUGUGCUCUUUUCAGAUUCUAAAGCCUGCAGAAAAGAAAGCUAAGUUCUUGAUGACUAACAAAAUGUGAUAAUUGCUACGUCAUUGUUCUAUGGUAUCAGCCAAGAUUCUUUUCACGCUGCCCAGCUGUAUGAGACAUUCUUCAAAUUGGAAAAGAAGUAAGAAUUGUGCUUGAUGCUAUGUUAGUUUUCAGCUUGUCGGAGCUAAAGCUUCACGAGUCGGGUCCAAAAUCACAUGUCAUGGGGUAGCCUAAGCUAGCUGCGAUUUCUUCUCUUUCUUGUUUUAGCUUUUGUGCCUUGUAUUUUAGUACUUAAUCGGCAUUACAUUCUAGUACUUAAUCUGCAAUGGAUGUGUACAUAUUCCAGACAUGGUCGUUUUUGUUAUGGUUUAAGAAUUGGAGCUUUUGAGAUGAUUUGUCAUAUGUUUUUUGCCCAUUUCUGUUACUCCCAGAUUCUUGUCAUCAAUGACGAUGGUGAUGCCGGUGGCUGUGA